AUGUUCCGGCGUCGACCUCGCCCAGGGACCCAGGAGGUGGCGCCCAAGGGGCUACCUGGCGACGGCGACUUCAAGCUGACCCCGCCCGCGCUCCGAGCGGCCCCGGGCGCGCGGGGCUCCGGGGGCUCGAGGAUCCCGUGGGGCGGCGCCGCGUGGUGGCCGGAAGGGGACACCGAGCCCGGGAUGGGCUUCGGACGCCUCCCGCCGCGCCUGCCCGCCCUGCUCACCGCGACCCGGCGGGCGGUGGGGAAGCGGGGGCUGCUGCGGUCCCUGCUGCUACCUCCCCUGCUCUCGGCCGGCGCGUCCCGGGAAUCGGCACCCAGGAAGCCCGGGCCUGGAGAGCGCGAGCGCCCCCGGAGGGGCGUGGCCAGGGAGGACCCCGACUUCUUGGGCGCCUUCCUAGGAGAGCUCCUCCCCAGCAGGUUCCGUGAGUUCCUGCACCAGCUCCAGGAGAAGUGCGCCGAGGAGCCGGAACCACUGACAUCCCCAGCACCACAACAUCAAAGGGGUGUGUUAGAGCACUGCCCAGGGUCUCCGCAGUGUCCCAACUGUUCAUUCCUCCCAGACCUGUGGGGCCAGUCAUCGCACCUCCAGGAUAGUCUUACGAAGAUUUCGCUCCAUCAGACACCUACUCUGGGGCCCCUGAAGGGUGAUCACUCACAAUUCACCACUGUCAGAAAGGCCAACCACAGGCCCCACGGUGCACAGGUCCCCACGCUCAAGGCUACACUGACCCACAACCCCUCGGGGGAAGGCUCUAAGGCCCACAGGCGGCGUUGCCCUUUCCGGGUGCGGUUCGCUGACGAGACCCUGCAGGACACAACGCUCCGCUACUGGGAGCGCAGAUGCUCAGUCCAACAGAGCGUCAUUGUGAACCAGAAGGCCGCCCUGCCAGUGGCGUCGGAGCGGGUGUUUGGGAGUGUCGGAAAACGGCUGGAGAGUUUGCCCAAAGCCCUGUACCCUGAGGCCAAGGAGGAGACCCUGGCCAGCUCCUGGUGCUGGGACUGUGCUGGCCUGUCCACCCAGAAGACACAGGGCUAUCUUUCUGAGGACACCUCCAUGAACAGCAGCGUGCCCUUCUGUUCAGGGAAGAAGGCCGCUGCUCAGAGACCGCGAAGCGGCCUCCGAGCCUUCUUGGACCCCUACGGCAACCUGGAGCAGGUGGCCAGCUGGUCCUCUGUCUCACUGCAGUCGGUCCUGAAGCAAGGCCACCCUAAGGGGUACCAUCUCCUCCUGGCCUCCGCAACACUGCAGCCAGAUCAGAGGUGA